UUAAUGUGUUUAAAAUACAACACACUACACUGCACACACCCAUAUGCUGCUUCUUUCUUUCAUCAAAAGCAAAUUACCUGUGAACAGAAAUCCGACACAGCAAGUUGUGCAUCCAGCCCUAGCUGGCUAGCUCGCUCGCUCCUCCCAGUACAAUCAGUAUGCAUUCUUCUCUCUUGAGUUCCAGCAUCUCAACGAACCACGGAACAAUAUUGACCACCACCGAGCUGAAUGGAACAACAACAGUGGAGCCCGGAGCCUUAACGCAGCUGAUUAGCGCUACCGGCGAUCCCAAGGAGAGAAUCAAGAAGCUUUUCCAAAAACUCGAGCUGUCAGCCUCCCCAUACGACACCGCAUGGGUGGCCAUGGUUCCAUCUCCCGCGGCAGCGGCUUCUAGCGCUCCAAGCUUCCCGGGCUGCCUUAGUUGGAUACUAAAGAAUCAGCACAGUGAUGGUUCCUGGAGUUUGCAGCCUGUUCACACCAGAGACCCGACGCUAAUGAAAGACGCACUCUCCUCCACUUUGGCCUGCAUUCUCGCGCUCAAGCGCUGGGGCAUUGGCCUGGUGACGACCACAUUCACAACGCUCUGGCUUUCGUGGAGGCGAAUUCGAGCUCCCUCGCGGAUUCGCGGCAGCAAACUCCAAUUGGGUUCGACGUAGUGUUCCCUUCCAUGAUCCAAACGUGUGUUCGAGAUUUCAAUCUGAGUCUCCCGAUCGAUGCAGCGCACGUCGAGACAAUGAUCCGCGACAGUUAAAUUGCGCUCAUGACCGGUCCGAAUCGCGACACCCAUGGUCGAAACGCCUACCUGGCCUACAUCUCAGAAGGAAUCGGGAACUCGUCGACUCGUGCUUGGGAAACGGCAAUGAAAUUCCAGAGGAAGAACGGUUCGCUUCUCAACUCGCCUUCCGCGACCGCCGCGGCUUUUGUUCGCCUUCAGGACGCAGGGGCACUUCGCUACCUCCAGUCACUGGUUGACAAUAAUACGGCUGAUCACGCAGUUGGAGUUCCAGCACUUUCCCCCUACCAAAUUCAUGCCCGGCUCUGUCUGAUUGAUGCUGUGGAGAGUCUGGGGUCGGUCGCCACUUUGUGGAAGAAAUUCAGACGAGCUUGGAUGAGAUCUACAAAUGCUGGCAGCAGGGAGAAGAAGAGAUAUUCCUCGAUGCCACAACUUGUGCCAUGGCAUUCCGGAUAUUACGCCUCAAUGGACGUCCAGUCACGCCUGACGUGUUUGAUCGAUUCGCAGAGGGUCGAUUCUGGACCGAUACGAUGGAAGGGUAUUUGAAGGAUAAGAAAGCAGUGUUGGAGUUGCACAAAGCGGCCAGAAUCAAUGGCUGUCACGGUUCAACCAUCCUUGAUAGCCAGCAGAUGUGGACAGCCAAGUUCCUAACACAGGUAGCUUUGGAAUACAGUCAUGAUCAUAGUCCUGCUCCACCCAAUAUUGUCAAUCAGGUGAAUGAUGUCCUCAAUUAUCCAUUCCACGUUGACGUCGAACUCUUGGCUCACAAGAGAAAUACCGAACAGUACCGUCCAGAAAAGACCAAGAACAAACUUCUCAAAUCCUCCAUCAGCUGUGCGGCCUUCGGGGACGAAGCUCUGCUGAAACUAGCAGUAGAAGACUUCAACUCUCGUCAAUCAUUGCACCGCCAAGAGCUAGAACAACUUAUGUCGUGGCUUAAAGACAAGGAACUGUACGAGAUGAAGUUGGCCAAGGUGAAAACAGGCUACUGUCACUUUCAAGGUUCAGCAACUUUCUCCGACCCUGACCACUCGGAUGCCCGCAUCUUGUUGUCCAAACACGCCCUCAUUAUUUCUCUAGUGGAUGACUUAUUCGACAUUAAUGGAACUCCGGAGGAGUGUUUGAACCUUGUCCAUCUCUUGGAGAGGUGGGAUGUGGAGGGGCCAAAGGUGAAGUUGUGCUCAAAGCUCGAAACACUGUACCGAGCAAUUCACAGCACCAUAUGUGAGACCGUGGAGAAAGCCUUCCCGCUACAAGAGCGUAAUGUUAUGGACCACGUCGUUGAGCUUUGGGUGGAGAUGCUGAGAGGAAUGUUGAAAGAAGCAGAAUGGGCUAGGAUGAAUUUGGCCCCAACACUUGAUGAGUACAUGGAGAAUUCACCCAUUACGCUCGAUCGGUGUAGGAGCCUUCUUGCUCCCAGCCAUGUACCUAGCCGGGCAUAAGCUAGAAGACGACGUCGUUCGAGGCCCACAAUUUCAAGGGCUGUUCAUGCUCCACACCACCAUCGGUCGUUUACUGAACGACGUAGUAGGCUUCGAGAGAGAAGCUGAGCAAGGAAAAGUGAAUGCAGUGUCGCUACGGGUGACGGAAAGAGGAAUGGGCACAGAAGAAGCGGUGGAAGAGGUCGAAAACGUGAUCAAAUCGUUGACGCGAGACAUGGAAGGAGGACCUCUACCAUAAUAGCACAAAGCUGGUCAAGGUUGUAGAAUCUGUGAUGAACCAACCGAUC